CAGUUUUUCAGUUGUGUUUGGAUCGUUAAACGGUGCGGUUGUUGUUGCGGUUGAUAAGCGAUGUAAAUAGUAAAUAAAUAGUAAAGAGUAAAUUGCGCCUUUUAAUUGACAAAUAUUUUUUUAUUUACUAUGAGUUGCUUUUGUGUAUGUUGAGCAGCAUAAGUAUUGCGUAAACUUUGUCAUUGUUGUUGUUCUUGACGCCCAACAACUAUUUAAUUUAUUUUUUUUUUUAUUAAUUUUUAAUCGUCUACAUAAACUAAAUAUAAAAUGCUUAUAAACUAUUAUUCACACGUGCCGUGAUUUGUGCAUAUAAAUUUAGUUUGUUUUCUAUGUUAACUAUUUCUGUUAAUACAAGAACCUGACAUCGUGGCUGUGUGUUUAACUUAAAGAAACAAAGAGCACAACAAUUCAUUUUGUUGCUAUACGAGCUGGUGGUGAAGAAAAUGUUUAAAAAAAAAUUUACUUAAACCCUAUAAAAAUAAAAUAAAUACAAUUCAAAAGCAAAACCAAAAAAAUUAUUGCCAUUGAUUAAAUUUUUGAAUAAUUUUUUAGAAGAGAUCAACAAUUGCCAUAUUCAACAAGUUGACAAAGCUUGAGAUCUCAUAUUAUUAAAAAUGUUUUAAGAUUGCAACAACAACUAUCUUCCUGAUUAUUGAAAGCCAACCUUGCACAGUCCAAAAUGAUUAAGACAAGUUCAAAUAAUGUAAACGAUACCACCGAAACCGUCGAUGUAUAUUUUGAAGCAAACUCAGAUAACAACAUCCAAGAAAAUAUGGAAGAUAUAAACGACUUAACAAGCAAUGAUGAACAGAAUGAGGAGAAUGAUGGUUACGACUUGUCACUUUCAGAAUGUAGUUCUCUUAAUCGUGAUGAGUCGCUCGAUUUAUUUACUGAAGCCCCAACGCGAAAAAAUUCCUCUAGUACAACUUCACAGAAUAGCGAUGAAGUAAGCUUAACAGAUUUAUACCUUAAUGACAUAGAAAUUGAUCGUAAUGAAGAAGAGCAAGCCAUAACAGAGUUGGUUCGUGUAUCAGAUAGUAAAGAAAUCGUGGAAGUGGGACAGAAUAGUAGCAUGCGGGUAGCAUUUGGAAUAAUUCUUCGUUUAAUGCUGCCCUUAGCUAAUGGCGUCGCACGUAGUAUAAAAGGGAUACGAGAUACUAACUUUCUUCGAAUGUUAAAGUCGAUAGUCUCUAGUCGACAGGCUCUAACAAAUAUGGUUGCAUUUGCAGCUAACACAAUAUCCAUGAAUUUAUCUUCCGUGCAAGUAGUUACCCAUCGAUUGGAACCAAUUCUAAAAUUAUUGAAAGUUCGUAAGUCGCAAGAUGGCUUAGAAAGUCUACCAGAUAUUUCUGCACCUGCUACGCCAAUUGCACCCCUGAUGUAUUCUCCUUUUAUUCGCGAGCCCAAAGGAUCUCUACCGCGGUUUUCGACUUAUAAACGCAAAACCACGGUACCAGUACAAGCGGCCCCUAAAUGCUGUACACUUAACAUUUUAGCUGAGCCGCCAGCAGGGGAGCCUAUACGUGCUGAUAUCGUUUUUAUCCAUGGGCUACACGGAUCACUGGUGAAUACAUGGAAACAGGGUCUGUGGGAAAAUGAACGGCAACCUGUAGAGUUUGAGCGUCCACCUAAGCCACCAGUACGUCCACCAAAGAGACCACGUCACUCUCGUUCAACUGUAUUACGACCACCACACAAACAAAAACGUGCACGUUUUGCACACUCCAACUCCUUUAAACAGUCCAGUGAAAGAGACACUCAGGAUGAAUUAGAAACCACCGAUUUCGGACAUGGUAGCUUCUCCUAUGUAUGCGGAAAACCGAUAGAUAUUAAAACCUGUGAAGGUGUAGAAUACAGUUUUCCAACUUUUCGUUUGCGUAUGAAUGAUAAUGGUCGCCUUUUGCAAGCAGAGCUGGAGUCGAUUUUAAAUAAGUCCGAUUUAGCAGAAAAUAAUAAUAACAAUAAAGACAAUGAUCAUCGCAAAGGUAAGUCAUCUACGAAACUAUCGCCAGACGAUCCAAAUUACUCAAAAUGCUGGCCUGGAGAUUGGUUGCCAUUAGAUUGUCCAGGAGUACGUGUAAUAGCUGUGAACUAUACAACCGAUCAAUAUCUUUGGCGACCAUUAUGGAAGAAAAAGGAAGCACGUACGAAUUUAGUACAGAGAUCACAUGAAAUGGCUGAGUUACUAAUCAAGCAUCAAGUUGGUUAUGGCCAUCCUAUUAUAUGGGUUGGACAUUCAAAGGGUGGUCUUUUUGUGAAACAAAUAAUUGUCGAUGCAUGGGAGAGCGGAAAGCCAUCAAUGGCACCCUUUUGGCGUUCAGCAAGGGGAUGCUUUUUUUAUUCAGUGCCACAUAGAGGUUCGCAUUUAGCCUCAAUUAAAGCGCCACUUUUAACUAGAUCAAUAGAAUUGAUAGACAUAGAAAAGAAUAGUAAGUAUCUAUUGGAUUUGCAUAAACGGUUUGCUUGCCUAUACCAUAUGGGACACCUAAGAAUAGAAGUUUUUAGUUUUGUGGAAACUGCUUUAACAUUAAUGUCGGUACUAUAUUUACGCAUUGUAGGCGUAGACUCAGCUGAUCCUGGAAUUGGAGAUGUAUGUGGAAUACGUUUAGACCAUCGCGAAAUUUGUAAGCCACGGAGUAGAGAAUGCAUUUUGUAUAAGGAACUGGUUAAAAUGAUUAAAAAAGUUUAUUAACCGUUAACCAAAAAGUAAAUAUAAGAUUUAAGCUUGUUAUAUAUUUUAUACAAUAUAUGAGACAUGUUUUUUGAAUAUUAUUAUGUAUAAGUAAAAAUUGUGAUCAACUGGAAUAAUGAUUAUUGUGAUCAUUAGAUAUUUUAUAACAUUAAAGUUAAGUUUAAUUAUUAAUAAAAAUUUGUUAAUAGAGAAUUUUUAUU